AUGAAUUUAUUAAAUUUAACUGAACAAAUUGAAGAUACAUCUGAAAAUCAUGAUCUCACUGAAUCUGAAAUAUUAUCAAAAACAAUUAAUACAAUAACGGAACAAAUACCAAUAGAUAUUCGUGAUUUUUCAUCACAAUAUGGUUCAAAUGGUAGUGAUAGUUAUGUUGUAUCAAAUGUAUGUUCAAAUCCUGAAAUAUAUCCUUUAUACGGUGAUUCAACACAUGCACUUGUUUUUCGUACAUAUGGUCCAUGGUGGAUAAAUAUGCCAUCAUAUAAAGAAACAAUUAAAAAUUUUACACGUUGGGAAAAUCAUUUUACUAGUCGAGAUUUUAUUGAUAUUGAAUUUAAAGAUUUUUUUUAUGAAUGUUUAAGUUUAAAUAUUUAUGAAACAUAUAAUCCAGGUACACUUGAAGUUGUUUAUGUUGGUAAAGAAGAUGAAUAUGGAAAUAUAACAUGGCAUCGUAUAUGGACAUUUCCUGAACGAUUUAGUAUUAUAUUGAGUGAUAAUAAUGAAUAUUUUAUUGAAAAUGGUCAUCAAUCGAUGAAUGAUAUAUUUCCUAAUCAUAUCAAUACAAAUUCAUCUGUUCUUCAGCCAUUACAUUUAAAUACCAAUAAUAAACAAAUAUUAAAUAUAGAUACCCAUCAUACUUUUCCACCAGCUGCACGUUUACCACGUAUUGUUAAAAUUUCAUUAAAAGAUAAAUUUUCAUUUCCAACAAGAUUUAUUCGUUUGGAAUUUGAUCAUAGUACAGUAAAUUAUUAUUCAGAAAUUGAUACAAUUAUUUUAUAUGGAAAAAUUUUAUCUUCUAAUUUAAUUUUAAAUGAAGACAAUAAUAAAUCUAUUUUAUCAUCAUUUGAGACAACAUUAGUCAAAAAUCAAAAUGAAGAAAUGAAUUCUUCAAUGGAUUUAACUAAACUUCCAUUCGAUAUAUUAUUUAUAAUUUGUUCUUAUCUUGAUUUACGUUCAUUAGUUCGUUUAUCAUCAACAUGUCAUAUAUUACAUGAUCAAUGUCUUCAUCCAUUACAAUUUCAAUCACUUAAUUUACAACCAUAUUGGAAUGGUAUAACAAAUUUUUCAAUAGAAAAUUUUUUUUUAAAACAUUGUACACAAACUCGAUAUCUUUCAUUAGCAUGGACUAAAUCAAUACAAUGUUCAUCAUUUAAUCAAUUAUUAAAUAUUUGUUCAUUUAAUAUAAUUCAACUUAAUCUUGCAUGUUGUCAAUAUUUAAAUGGACAAUAUAUUAAAAUAAUUGUUAAUUAUUGUCCAAAUAUUGAAAUAUUAAAUUUAGAAAAUUGUAUUUCAUUAAAUAAUCUAGAUUUUAUACCAUUAAAAUAUCUUAAUCAUAUACGAUUAUUAAAUGUUUAUAGAACUAAUAUUGAUUAUAGAACUUUAUUACCAUUAAUUGAUAAUAAUAAAAAAUAUUUAGAAACUAUUAAUUUAGGUAGUUGUCAAAAAUUAGGUGAUACAAUUGGUAUAAUUAGAUUAUUAUUUUUGCGUUGUAUAAAUCUUCGUUCAAUCGAUCUAUGGCGUACAUAUGGUUUAACACAAAAUGGAUUUUUAUCUCUUAUUGGUUUACAAUUUGAUGUUGGAGAAGAAAAACGACGAAUAUUAAAUUUAUUAAAAGAUGAACAAGAAGAAUUAGCUCUUCUUUAUUCAGCUGUUAAUAUGCCUAUUGAAAUUAAUUCAAAAAUAUAUAUGAAAUAUUUAAGUGAAAUAGAUUUUGGUUGGACAGAUCCACCAUCAGGUUUUAUUAAAAGUUUUGUUCAACAAGUUGGCCAUUCAUUAAUUAAACUGUUCUUAACAGCUUGUCGACGUGUUAAUAAUGACGAUAUAAUAGCAGUUAGUGAACAUUGUCUACAAUUACGUCAACUUGAUUUACUUGGUUCAAGUAUAAUUAUUGAAACAACAAUUGAAUGUAUAUUAAAACGUUGUUUAUAUUUGGAAUUUCUUGAUUUAUCAUUUUGUGAUAAAAUAUCGAAUGAAACAAUAUCAUUAUGGAUAUGUCAAUAUAAAAAUUGUUUUAAACGAAGUUACUCACCAAGAAUGUAUGAUGAUAUUCAUACAGAAUUUGUUUAA